UCGUUGCUUGCCAACCGCCAAUAUCAAACAAGAAGAAGAACAACAACAAGACCUCCAUUUUUGUUUGAGCGGUGCAAAGUUCACUGUGGUAACAAUCAUUUCCUUGUAUUUUGUUUUGGAAUAUAGGAAAUCACCGUGAACUGAAGAAUAAACUGUCUAAUAAUGGCGUCGUGGGUAAAGGUGGCGGGUGGAAGGCGACCUCCACCAAGCCCCAAUGGCGGCAAAGUGAGUGCAGUACCCCGGUCCUACAGACGGGCUCCAUAUCCACUCCGGGAGGACAGAGGAGAGGAACUGAAAGAAAGAGAAGGCUUUGAGCCAAGGUAUGACGAAGUGAAUCAAGAGGCUGAAUACUCCGCAGAUCCAGAUUAUGAGGGCUAUGAACAACAUGCACAGAGUGCUCCUUCACCUAAGAGAUACCAUCCUGGGGAGAAGCGCCACGCCCUCUACAGGUGGUUUUACAAGGUCCUGGAAGGUGGCGGCAGCAAGAGGUCUGCCGACUGCGUGGUGCUGGCCGUGAACACACAGAACUCGGACUAUGCGAAAUCGCUAGGCCAGAGCUUGCAAGAGCGUGGCCUCUCAGUGGAAAUGAUUUGCCUCCAGGCGGAGUCGGGUCUCACCCGGGCCCUGCAGGACAUCCGCUCCGACGGCUCCCCUUUAUGUAUUCUCGUCGAGCAGACUAACGUAACUCUGUCCUCGUGCACAGUUAUCAUAUUUUCAGAAUCCCUCAAAAUUCAUCGGAACAUGCCCCGGGACCAGGCCCUGGACUUUGUGAUGGUGGAGUAUGGGCGCGUGCGGGACAGCCAGCCGGUCCGCGAUCCCGGCGAGCUGGCGGUGCGCGCGGCCGAACUGGCAGACGACUACCUGGCGCGCGACAAGCUCGACCGCCACGCGGUGCCCGCCGCCACGCGCCACCUGCUCCUGCUGCUGGCUGAGGGCGUGCACCUGUACCCCGAGGAGCUGGACACGCUCAGCCACUUCCUGCACGGCCGCCAGGAACACCUGCAAGCCUCAGCUGCGGCACAGGAGGCUGACGGAGCGGCUCCCUCCAGGAACAGCCUGCCCACGGGCAUGGGCUCCCCGCCCCCCCUGUUGCCCACGCCGACCAUCGCGGGCCCCCCCGGGAGGGAUCGACCGGGACCCCCUCCCCCUUCAGGUAUGGGGGGGCAUGCCCCUGGUUCCAUCAUGGCUUUGCCAGGAACGUACCCCAAAAGCAAGCCGCCUCCUCUACUGUCCAUGGACAGCGUUCCGGCGCCCCUCCACCGGCCUCCCGGUCCUCGCGGACCCCGCGGCUUCCCGCCCCCACGCAUGGGCCACCACGGGCCACACCCCCCCAGAGGACCCCCCAUGAGUCGAGGGCCCCAGAACGGGCCCGGCCCACACGGCCCCCGCGCCCCACCACCCUCACUCAUCGCUCACCACGCGCCAGGCACAGGCCUCCUGCCCUCCCCAGGACCCCCUCCUCCACGCGCCUCUAUGCCUCGACACUAAGGAUCUGUCCAGACCAACGUUCCACGGCCCUCGACUCCCCCGUUCUGACCUCCGAUGGGUUACUGAUGAGGACAUUUUAGCCAGAACGAGCAAUCUUAAUCUGGAAGAUUCUUUUGUUUGUUUACAGUUUGUUCCGCUGACAUAUUUUUGUAUAUUUUGUUUGUUCUGUAAGAUGAUGUGCAGAUGUUUCAGAUUUGUGUUGAAAAAAUGGUGAGGUUUCUUUUUAAAUAAAUGGUUCUGGUUCAAUAA